UGUAAAUUGACACGUUUUACACGCUUGUGUAAAAUAUAGAUGACUCAGUAUUUGUAAUAAUACUUUAUUUAACGCUAUUUUUCGAGUGAAUUGCAUCCUCGUGUUUAUAACAGAAAAGGUUCGUUCAUAUCGUAUGUGUACAACGAGAAUAUGUACGACGAGAAAGAAGUGAGAGAAACUGAGAAUCCGAGUCAUCUGAACCGAAUCAUUAGUAAAAUGAUUCAGUGAUUCGAAUCAGCGCACGCUGACGAUAAACGAGAACAACAAACAUGUUAAACAAUAACAGCUUUUACAAACCAGCUGCAAAUGUGUUAAUGAAAGUGUAAUCUAUUAAAUAUGAAUAAAUAAUUGAAUACCAAAUUAUAAAUAAUGAUCACCUAAUACUAACUUUAUCUAUAAUUUGUUUAUUGUAAUAAAUUAUACUUUUUUUUUUAUAAAUUUACACUCACCAGUGCACUGACUAACUAGGGAGCUGAUUGAGACGCACCCAGAGAUUUAGCUUGCAUUUAUUUUUCUUUCUGUAAAUUAUCACCUUAAACAGGACAGCGCAUCCAAACACACAGAAAAACUUCUACUGAAGCAGCUGAGGUCCAUGUGACACGAUUAUAAAGAUGGCGUUUAUUAAAGAGGAGAGUGAAGACAUGAAGAUUGAAGAAGCAUUCAGAGUCAAACAUGAAGAUACUGAGAAACAAACAAAGAUGGAGUUUAUUAAGGAGGAGAGAGAAGACAUGAAGAUUGAAGAAACAUUCAGAGUCAAACAUGAAGAUACUGAGAAACAAACAAAGAUGGAGUUUAUUAAAGAGGAGAGUAAAGACAUGAAGUUUGAAGAAGCAUUCAGAGUCAAACAUGAAGAUACUGAGGAACAAACAGACCUCAUGGCAAUGAAAGAGGAGAGUCAAGAACAGAAUGAAACGGAAGAGAAAGAUCAAAACGAAGAACAUCUUGAUUUCAAAACUGAAGAAGAUUCGAUUAGUUGCUCACAGGCUGAAAAAACACAAAACCUUAAUUCUCAAAUGAGAGUUCAUACUGGAGAGAGCUCUUUCACCUGCCAACAGUGUGGAGAAAUUUUCAAUGAAAAAGAAAGCUUUAAAGUUCACAUGAAAAUUCACUUUGAAAAUAAACCGUUCAUAUGCACUCAAUGUGGAAAAUGCUUUACACGGAAAAAAAACCUUAGGACACACAUGAGAAUACACACAGAAGUGAGACCUUACACCUGUGAACAGUGUGGAAAGAGUUUUAUACUGAAAAGUCACCUUAAAGCCCACAUGAGUAUUCACACUGGAGAGAGACCUUACACCUGCAAACUGUGUGGGAAGAGCUUCUCACGAAAUGGAGGACUUACGAUUCACAUGAGAGUUCACACUGAAAAGAAGCCAUUAAUAUGCUCUCAGUGUGGAAAAUUGUUUGCACAGAAAAGAACCCUUGAUGCCCACAUGAGAGUUCACACUGGAGAGAAACCUUUCACCUGCACUCAGUGUGGAAAGAAUUUCAGGCUCAAAGAAAGCCUGAAGACUCACAUAAGAAGUCACACUGGAGAGAAGCCAUUCAUAUGUAGUCAGUGUGGAAAGAGUUUCAGAUAUAAAGAAAACCUUAAUUAUCACAUCAGUAUUCACUCAAGAGAAAAGAGUUUUAAAUGUCAUCAGUGUGAAAGGAGUUUCAAAGACACAAAUCACCUUCAGGAUCAUGUUAAAAUUCACAUCGGAGAAAAGCCUCUCAUGUGUCAUCACUGUGGAUUGAGCUGCUCAAAAGAAGACAAACUCAAGGUUCACUUGAGAGUUCACACUGGAGAGAAACCUUUCGCCUGCGAACAGUGUGGAAAGAGUUUCAGGGUUAAAGAAUACCUUAAGAUUCACAAGGUGGUUCACACUGGAGAGAAACCUUACAAGUGUCCUCAGUGUGAGAAGAGUUUCACAUGUCCAAGCAGCAUGAAACGUCACUUGAAGACUCACUCUGGGAAGAAACUGCCAUUUUCUUCAGUGUCACAAGUGGUUUAGAAAAAGGAGUAAUUUCUACAAUCAUCUGGACAUUCAUUUUGGAAGUCAUUCAAUUUUAGUCAGUGUAAUAACUUUUUCUCCCAUCACACUUACAUAUACAUAUGAAAAGUGUAAUGUGACCCACCUAGACACUAGAGGGUGCUCCAGUUCAGUAAAGGAGAUAGGUAAACAUGUAUAGGGGAGAAUAAAGAUAAAUGGAUGUUAAGUAACUGAGCUGUUUGCAUGUGCUGAUGUCUCAACUUGAGUUUAAGAAAUAACAAUCGGUUACAAAAAGUCAUGCAAAUGUGAGACCCUGUUUGUGUUCUUUGUUAAAGUGUAUGACAAGAAAAAAAGCUAUGUGAAAUCAAAGUUACGUUCAUGCUGCAGCUGAAUGUGUGCUACAUCUAAUUGUCUCCUUAAUGCAUCCUUCAUCUCUUUAUGCUUCACCAUAAGGCUUUGUAUUUUCUUUUGAGCAUAUGUGCUCCUGUGGCCAUUCCUGACCAUCUGCUUUGCUGUAGUUUCAAAUAUUGAACAGUUAUGAUAGAUUCCCUCAAAUGUUGACAAUUUAGAGCAGGGUGUACUCAACAGGCAAUGUAUCCAUCUCAUCUGCAUAAAUUUUGUGUCCCGCAUCAUGCUGUAAAUUAAUGUAUUUUUAUUAUAAUUUGUGCUCAAAAGUAGCGCGGUUAUUGUAUGACGGCAGCAAAUAAAUAUCAAAUCAUUAAAUCGUUAUUUAAAACUACAAAAGGAGACAACAACGGAACAGGAGAAGAUAUGGAAUUCUUUCCAUCUCCACAAGGACUUGUACCACAUCAGAUCAACACAGUUUGUCGCGGACAAACUAAUGAUGUAUAAUGCUAUGUAGUAUAAUAUAUGAAAAGACACUU